AUGAAAUCAGUCUUGUUUGGCCUGGCGUCCGUUGGAGCCGCCGCUGCACUUGCGGUCUCGCCUCCGGUAUACGCAACUCCGGAGGGAAAGGGCCACGGCCAGCGGUGGUCAGAAGCGUACGUCCAAGCUCGCGCGCUCGUCGCCAUGAUGACGCUCCAAGAAAAGGUCAACAUGACACGCGGCUUCGCCGACCCGGGCAACACCUGCGCGGGCAACACCGGAUCCGUGCCGCGGCUAAACUGGCAUGGGCUGUGUCUGAUGGACGCGGGCAACGGCGUCCGGGCAACAGACAUGGUGAGCUCGUGGCCGUCAGGCCUACACGUCGGCGCCGGCUGGGACAAGAAGCUCACGUAUCAGAGAGGCCUGUGGAUGGCGAGGGAGUUCAGAGCAAAGGGCGUGAAUGUCGCGCUUGGUCCCAACGCCGGUCCGCUCGGCAGAACGCCCCUCGGCGGUAGGAACUGGGAAGGCUUCUCGGUCGAUCCGUAUCUCGCGGGCGCGCUGAAUGCCGAGACCGUCACGGGCAUGCAGGAGGCCGGUGUCAUGGCAAACCUCAAGCACUUCAUCGCAAACGAGCAAGAGACGUACCGCCGCCCCUAUUUUGGUGUCGAGGCAGCUUCGUCCAACCUUGACGACAAGACGCUCCACGAGUACUAUCUCUGGCCAUUCAUGGAUGGCGUCAAAGCCGGCGCCGCGUCCGUCAUGUGCUCCUACAACAGGAUCAACAACACGUACGGCUGUGAGAACAGCAAGCUCAUGAACGGCAUCCUCAAGGGGCAUUUGGGGCACCAAGGAUUCGUCAUGCUCGAUUGGAACGCGCAGCAUGAUCUGAACAGCGCAAAUGCGGGUUUGGACAUGGUCAUGCCGCUCGGCGGUUCCUGGGGGGACAAUUUGACCGAGGCGGUGCGCAACGGGACGGUCAAGGAGGCGAGGGUCACAGACAUGGCCACGAGGAUUCUCGCGGCGUGGUAUCUCGUCGGCCAGGACAAAGGGUUCCCGACACCGGGAGUCGGCAUGAAGACUCUCACCGAGCCCCAUGAGCCGGUCGAUGCUCGCGACCCUCGCUCAAGGCCUGUUCUUUUGGAGGGCGCCAUUGCGGGACACGUGCUCGUCAAGAAUGUGAAUCACACGCUCCCGUUUCAGAAAGCUCCUAGAAUGAUAUCCGUGUUUGGCUAUGAUGCCGCUGCUCCUGCGACCAAGAACACAGACGUGCUCUUCCAGCUGGGGUACUACUCGUCCAAGGAGAUGGGACAGGCUGUCCUCGGUAAGAAUUACCACUUCGAUCAGGCUGCCAAGGGAGGGACAAUUGUUUCCGGGGGACGAGCGGGCUCCAAUGCUCCGGCAUAUAUCAGCGACCCACUGAGCGCCAUUCAGCAGAGAGCCGAAAAGGAUAAUACUUGGGUGAAUUGGGAUCUCACAUCCAGCGACCCCGACGUCAAUGGUGCCUCGGGGGCCUGUCUCGUCUUCGUCAACGCCAUUGCCACAGAAGGCUGGGACCGGGAUGGCCUCCACGACAUGUUCAGCGAUACCCUUGUGAACAACGUCGCUUCGAAGUGCGCCAACACCGUGGUCGUCGUUCACACGGCCGGCAUCCGUCUCGUCGACCAGUGGAUCGAGCACCCCAACGUGACGGCGACUAUAAUCGCUCAUUUGCCCGGUCAGGACAGCGGCGCAGCGCUCGUCAAGCUAUUGUAUGGAGAGGCCAAUUUCUCCGGCAAAUUGCCGUAUACCCUUGCCCGAAACGAAUCCGACUACCCCGUGUACGAGCCGUGCGGUCGUGGACCCAGCAACACCACUAACCCGCAGUGCGAUUACACCGAGGGCGUGUAUCUCGACUAUAGAGCGUUCGACAAGGAGAACAUUGCGCCGCGGUAUGAGUUUGGGUACGGAUUGAGCUACACCACCUUCUCCUACGGAAACGUCGAGCUGUGGCAGGAUGAGAGACUUUGCAAGUCAGCUGGAAAUGCUACGAACUUGUGGGACCUCGUCGCCGGGGUGAAGGCCACAGUGACCAACACCGGCUCCGUGGCCGGGGAAGAAGUGGCCCAGCUGUAUUUGGGAAUUCCUGGCGCUCCGCUGAAGCAGCUUCGCGGGUUUGAAAAGGUGCGGCUGGCGCCAGGGCAGUCGACGACCAUUGACUUUGGCCUCACAAGAUGGGACUUGAGCGAGUGGGACGUCGGAAGACAGCAUUGGAUGGUGCAGAAUGGAGCGUACAAGGUGUUUGUCGGGGCGAGCAGCCGCGACAUCCGACUGACGGCGUCGAUCGUGGUGCAGGGAUGA